AUGACUACCUCUCACUCGUUAAUUAAAGAUGAUAUUAAUGAUAAAAUUGAAGAAUAUAUAUUAUUGAAAAUGAUUGAUACAUUAUCAUUAGGAAUAUGCUUAGAAAUGCAUAGGUCUAUCAAAUUUAAAUUAUUUAGAGAAAAAGAUCUCGAUACCAAAGAUAACAGUAAAUUUAAUAAAUAUACAAACCAUACAAAUCUGCAUUUAAAUUCUAAUAUUCCUUCAUUAGUAUGUAAACCAAAAAUUAAAUCUAAUUCAAUUUUAUCAGACAAUUACUUUUAUAAUAGAACACGUACAUUUACUAAUAGUCAAUAUGAUAUGAUUAAAAAUUAUCAAUGUGUAUGCAUAAAUUGUAAUCGUAACAUUGCUGCAUCAAGGUUUGCUCCUCAUUUAGAAAAAUGCUUAGGUAUGGGUAGAAAUAGUUCAAGAUUAGCAACCAAAAAAAUUAAAAGAUCAAUUUAUAUAGAAAAUACAAAUAGUAAUGAUGAGUCAUAUGAUGAUGCUAUUUUAAAUAAUGAUAAUUUAAGUGAAUACAUAAAUGAAUUUGAUAAUCCAAAUUCAAAUGUAACAGAUGGUUCAUCAACAUCAUCUAUCUCAAAUUCUAGCAAUAAAAUUAAUAGUUUUAAAAAAAGUUUAAAAAAGAAAAAGAAAUAUAAGAAAGAAAAAUUGGAGGACAAAUCAUAUUUUGUUCAAGAUGUUACAAAUCAUUCACCAUUGGAAAAUUUAUUACAAAAUGCCAAUAAAGUGGAUUAUAAAAACUGA